AUGUGCUGUACGAGCGAAGGCAAGGCCGUGAACUGGCCCACGGGUGCCGGCGGCAAGGGCAGACACAAAAAUCCGUGUCUCGUAAUCUCCGGUUCCAGUAGACCCACUCUGUCCUCCUUGUAUGCAUUACCUAUACUGGAGUCGCAGUGCACCGCUGUCUUUGCCAAGAUGAAGGACCUGAGAGCACUUCGCAAUCGCUGCCGAGGGCAAGAGAAGGGGCGAGACUAUUCGAGAAUCCACUCCGUUAUGUUCUCCACCGCUAGACCUCACCGUCACCGCUGUUUUAAUCGCUGUUUUAACCUGACCUCGCUGUCGCUUUACAAGCCGAGUGUGAUGCCGCCGCCUCCACCACUACCGCCACUACCGCUACCACCGCCGCCGCCGCCCGCUCCGAGGGCUCUACCAGUACCUACAGCGCUAGCAGCAGGAACCAUACGCAGUAUACCUAGAACAGUCAGGAUUAGCUAUAGUGUCGAAUUCUACGUCCAUUAUUCACUCAAUUCUUCUUUCCUACAAGUCACCAUGCGAUGUUCUACAGUACCGGAGCGGCCCUGGCCUCGCCCCAAGAGAAGAGAAGGCGCGCACAGAGAUGUGCGUUUUCCAGUGCUAAAGAAGAUUCCUCCACUCUCGUUCUCAUUCUACGUCGAAAUGUCCGAGAAGAGCGUCUCGAUUCACGAGGUCGAUACAGUAAGCGUGAGAGCAUCGAAGUUGUGGGAGACCAAACACAUCGAGCACGUCUGUGAAGGCGGCAAAGAUAGUGGCCUGGACGUCGCGGCAGUCCUCGAGGACCGUGAUUUGGAGGCAGUUCAGCCAGACGAGAGGGAAAUUAACGAGACGCGAAGAAGCGUUCGGAAGGUCGAUAUGAGAUUGCUUCCUGCACUCGCAACCAUUUAUCCGCAGCUGAAUUGGAGGCAAACGCCGCUCAGCCGUGUGUCUCCACUAAGCCGCGGAUACUCCUUCGCGCUUAGGAUCGCAGGCAUGGACGAGGAUGUCCAGCUCUCAGCCGGGAACCGAUACACGCUGAUCACCAUGAUUUUCUUCGUGCCUUACGCGAUCUUCCAUUUCCAGCCAACAUACUCAUAUCUAGUUGUUGCGUGGGGUGUGGUCUCGAUCGGUAUCGGCUUCAACACGAGCUGGACUCAGAAUAUAGAUCUGGGAAUAUGCCUGACUUUGCCUGCGGAACAAUACCGUUGCAUGCAGCUUCGGCUUCUUCCUUCCAAUCAUUCUGAAGUUCUCGCUUUCCCACCUUAUGUUGCUGCGGCACCAUGGAUCUUUUUCACAGCAUGGGUGGCUGACCGAUAUCGGAAACGAGGCCUCAUCCUAAUCUUCAACUGCCUCGCCGCAACUAUGGGCGUAGCGAUGAUGGGCUUCACGUAUUCAGAUCCCGCAGCACGAUAUGCCGGAGUCUUCUUUGGGGUCUGCGGUGGAAAUAGUAACGUGCCGACCAUCCUCAGCUACAUGCACAACAACAUCGUAGGGCAGAUGAAGCGAUCGGUCGCCAGCGCUUUGAACAUCGGCGGAGGCGCGAUUGGCGGUAUAGUGGCCAGCAACAUCUUUCGGCAGCAGGAUGCACCACGCUAUGUUCCAGCAAUGGGUAUUGCAAUCGCCACGCAAGCUGUGAGCAUUCUACAUGUCUUCAAAAUUUCUGGAUAUAUGCGAGGAUUGAUCAUAGAAGGCCAGAACGGAUUCAGGCACACAUUGUGAGUCGAGCUACGAUCGGCCAUCUUGCACAAUCGAGAUCUUCAUCGUAGGUAGAAUUAGAUUUGGAUUUAGUCCGUGACCAAAGCGUCUGUUCUCCGCAAAAUGUAUAGCCAAUGUGAGACUCUUGGCCGAUGCACAUAGCCCGAAGAAAUGCGCUUCUUGCGCUCCGCCAGAGUUUCGUUGUGCUCCUCAGGCUCGAUUUGCUCUUUUGCCUCGAGUCUCCAGAGCUGAUGCGGAUGCGGGAACCCAGCCUUGAUGAUGUCGUCUGCUAGUAGGCCGUUUCCGACAGUGGCAGGAAAGGGUGGGACGAAUGGAAACCUGUCUUCCGAGUAAGAUACCACGAUCCACCGUCCGGUUCGCGGCCUCGUGAGCGCGGCUAGGUGAACAGCCAGGAUGUGCAAUGGGUGAACACUUGCUAGCUGAGCCGUCCCGCUGCCAGAGAUGCGGCUUGUCCAGCCAUUGAUGGACAGCAGAUAUGGCAGUGUCGUGUCCACUGCAGGCCCACAUGCUAUGCUAUCGCUAGUGCUUUUGUCUAGCACGAUGUCAAAUAGCUUGCCGGCCUUCAUCCUCAAAUGGAGCAGUGACAGAGCAGAAUGCAGCGAGAGGAGGUCUAUGCAUAACCAGCCCAUGGGUGGUGGCAGCUCCGAUUGCUGGACGCUAUCAUGCUUGGCGCCUGGCUCAAGAAGGCUCUGAACAUGCUCAUCGGCCAGGAUUUCCUGCUCCCGCUUUGAGGCAGCUUGGAUCGCGGGCUGAGAAUAGUCCACGUUCAAGAUCUGCUUUGGAUCCUUGAUGCCCGGAAGAGUGCGGAAAGGAUGGCUUUCUGAAGUGCCGCAGCCAAUGUGUAAGAUCUCGGGCUCUGCUGUGCUCAGCAAGGUGGCCCUUUCGAGCACUUCCUUACAGAUAUCGAAGAGCACUUUGGAGGGUAGGAGCCAAUCAAAGGGCUUCGGAUCCUUGCUGAACCUGCUGUCCCAGUAUUCUUGCGCCGCGAAGUCCGGCAUGCUGGGCUGCAAGUGAAU